CAAAAACGAAAAAGUCGCAGAACGUCAAGUGAAAACAAAAUUCGUCUGGUGUGCUGAUUAAAUUCAAUUUUUGUCAUUCGCGUGAAGUGAAUACAUGUGAAACAAAAAGCAUUUAUCCGGUCGGAAGAUUGAAUCAGCUUGUUUUGGUUUUCAAGAGCUUUAGCAAUCAUUAUCAUCACAGAAAUCUAGUCAGAUAAUUCCGGUUCUUGAAUCCUACCGUGAUCUAUGGCAGUUCAAAGAUCGAGCAUGGCCGAUUCUCUUCCAUCGUUUGUGACUGAAAUAGACAUCAAUGAAAUUGAAACCAUAGGGACUGUGGGAAAAGGAUCUUUCGGAACUGUCAACAAAGCCAAAUGGCAAAACAAGUACGUUGCCGUGAAGUACAUUGAAGUCGAAGCCGACCGGGACGCAUUUAUCACAGAAGUUUGCCAACUUUCUCGGGUGGCGCAUCCUAAUAUUAUUGGAUUGUAUGGAGCUUGCACAAGACGUCCAACCGUGUGUCUGGUGAUGGAAUAUGCCGAUGGAGGAUCGUUGCACUCAGUCCUACACUGUCGACCGAAGCCUCAUUAUACAGCUGCACAUGCCAUGAGCUGGGCCAGACAGUGCGCUGAGGGUGUUGCUUAUCUACAUGACAUGAGGCCGAAAGCAAUGAUUCAUCGGGACUUGAAACCACCAAAUCUACUGCUAGUCAAAAACGGAACUGUGCUCAAAAUUUGCGACUUUGGGACUGUUACCGACAAGUCCACUAGAAUGACCAACAACAAAGGCAGUGCCGCUUGGAUGGCCCCGGAAGUGUUUGAAGGGUCGACCUAUACCGAAAAGUGCGAUGUGUUCAGCUGGGGAAUAAUCCUGUGGGAAGUGAUCGCUCGGGAGCAACCGUUUGAGAACUUGGAAAACCCGUACUCUAUACUGUGGAAAGUCCAUCAAGGCUGCAGACCUCCGCUAAUCGUGGGAUGUCCGAAACCCAUCGAGCAACUUAUGACCAGCUGCUGGAACCAGGACCCUAGGAAACGACCUUCCAUGCAAGAUGUUGUGGACCAGAUGAACCAUUUGUGCAGGUUAUUCACUGGAGAAGAUGAGCCGAUAGUAUAUCCGGAUGAGGUUGAUGAUGACGAGGUAUCUUCAUACUCCCAUGACAAUAGUACCCUUGAAUCAAACCAUCACGACACGGGUUCAAUUCUUGACUCAUACGUUGCUAGAAAUCAUGGCACGAUAACGUGUUAUAGCCCCGCAAAUACCAACGCAUCAAAUUACUCACGAAGCUACCGUCCGAACGACUAUCGCAUUUCUCUUGCAAGGAAUGUCUAUUCCAGAGGUUCGGACUACGGAAGGUAUCCAGUCGGUAAUGAUUCUUUUGGAAGCCUCCACUAUCCAAGAAAUACCCGUCCAUCGAUGGGAGGCUAUGUGGCACCUGACUACAGCCAUAGGAACACUGCGCUCCGAAGGAACCGGGGCAGGUCACCUCCACCGCAUGCCGCAGAAUCUAACAGCAACGAUGCAUCACCAGUGCCUUACCGCAUGAAAAAUCCUCUAAGUGUUGACAUUGAUCCGACAAUGACGUGGAAAGAUGUUACUACAGGAGAGCCCUUGCGAGAUCUGGUGGAGAAUUCAUCAAACAAUCAAGGCACAGAAAGACUGGUCGUCACCCGAAGGAACAAUGUACCAAUCGAUAAUAAUCUUCCGUGUGCGACGACAGUGUCUACCACCGUAGCUCCCAGCAAGUUAAGUGCGGGCAAUGCCAACUUCAGCACAUCAAUGACCAACACUUCCGGAGGCGUUAACAUUACCAGUGUUGCUGGUAUGACUCGCCCAGUGUCUUCGUCAUCCAGCACGGAUACAUCGCUGGACUACAAAUCACUCAACAGCAUUCUCGACGACAAUCUGCGGCCUCUGACGCCGAUCCAAGGCAAUUUACCAUCAGAACAAAUCCACGAUGAGCACAGAAAACUUGUGCAGGAGUAUUGGGAGAUCCAAACACAAAUUGUUACUAGUCAAGCUCUUCGUGAUAAUCUGCAAGCGAAUAUGCCAGCGGAAGAACUCCGGUUGAAGAAGGAGUAUUUGAAGAAGCUGGAAGAAAAGGAAGCAUUGAUAAAGUUCAAAGCCACCCUGCAGCAACAGCUGGACGAACGACGGCGAAUGGCUGCCAAUGCACAAGCGCACACUCCUUCCGCGGUACGCAUUCAACAAAAUCAGCAUCAACAAUCGGUGCCGGGUACAGUUGCUGGGUCACCGACUAGGCCCAUCCAAAGACAAGACUCUGCCAACGAUUCCACUUGGGUACUGGUCAACCGAACAGACAUAGACACUGAUCAAACCCAACCGGAGGCCACCGGAGGAGGGAAUAAUCCUAGUUGAGCUGUUUGUUUUACUGAGUAUACAUUGUCAAGAAAAAUGUUUACUUGUGAUCUUUGCACGGACAGUGUUUGCUGCCUUAUGAGUAGAGAGAGAGAGAGAGAGAGAGCUGUGUAACAAAACGAGUGCCAAAAAGAGGGAAAUGAUUUCCCUAAUUAUUCGAAACGAAUUCAAACUCAAGUGAUAUCAAACUUAAUGUUUGGAUAAUAUUAAUUAUUAUACUUACUGCAUAUUUACUGAAUUAUCAUCAACGAUACCAUUUACAUAAAUAUAAAAUAGUUUAAAUAAAAGGUUUAACUAUUGCGUCAAAUAA